CGCGGGGCCGGGCCGGGCGGCGGGGCCGGUUCCGGUACGGGGCCGGUACCGAGGCUGGCGCCGGUGCGGAGCGGGCGGUGCGGGGCCGGGCUAUGGCGCUGCUGCUGGAGCAUGAGUUCAAGCCGCUGCCGGCCGACAAGCAGAUCGAGACGCUGCCCUUCCUGGAGGCCGUGGCGCACCUGCCGCCCUUCUUCGAUUGCCUGGGGACUCCCAUCGUCUACUCACCAGUCAAAGCAGACCUGACUGGAAAUAUCAAGAAAAUCCGGGCGGUUUACGACUCCAACCCCGCCAAGUUCAAAACGCUGCAGAACAUCCUGGAGGUGGAGAAGGAGAUGCACGGCUCGGCCUGGCCCAAGACAGGCGCGACACUGGCGCUGAUGUGGUUGAAAAGGGGCCUGAAAUUCAUGCUGGUGUUGCUGCAGAGCAUCUCUGAUGGUGAGCGGGACGAGGAGCACCCGAACCUCAUCCGAGUGAAUGCCAUGAAGGCUUACGAGAUUGCACUGAAGAAAUACCACGGCUGGAUGCUGCAGAAGCUCUUCACGGGCUCGGUCUAUGCUCUUCCGUACAAAUCAGAUUUGUUGAAGGCAUUAGAGAAGGGUAAAGAAGUCAAAGAGGAGGAAAGCAUAGAGAAGAUUCAUCAGUUCCUCUCAAGGGUCACCCCCAUCCUGGAUGCAAUUUAUGAGAUGUACACAAAGAUGAACGCCGAGCUGAGCUACAAAGCCUAACGCUCGCACGGGACUGGCAGGGCUUUAAUAAGGUGUGACGGGUGCUACCUGCGUCUUAAUCACUGAGGCAGCUGGGGCGGCUCCCGGCUGUCAGGGGACUUUCACUUUUGUCUAGGUCUGCAGUGGAUAACCUGUUUUCUUAAGAAAAAAAAAUUAAUUUUCUAUUGAGAAUACAGCAAUAAAACAAUUGUACCCUG